AUCAUUAAAUUCUCUCGACACUGUACGUGCCACGUCAUUUAAACUGAUGGACGAGAAUCUGCCACGUAAGUACCUGGCUGGACACGUAUCUAGGCCUGAAAAUAUCCUGGGAUAGGGUUUGUAUAAAUUUGAGGUUUUGCACACCUGAUGGAGUUUUGAAAAUCUCGUUCACAACUUCAAUCUUGGAUGAAAUUGAACAGUAUGGACGUUAGAUAAUUCACGAUAAGUAUGGCGAAAGCUGCCACAGCAGAAGUUUCUGGUGCAUCGUGAAUCUUCUACUGCGCAUUGCUGUAUGUCUAUUUCAUUGGGUAUAAAUAUCCUUUAUUUUACAACUUUUGGGGAUUUUGAAGACAUUUGAAGUCGACUGAGAAAUAUUUAACAACAAAGUUGAGAGGAUCUGGUUGCUUAUUGUUGCGGACGAUCGAGUCCCGGGGCGUCUCUAAAGCGUGAGUUUGGAAGCCGGGCAGUUGCUGCAUGUCUUCUACGUCUCACAGGCUGAACACAGGGAAAGGGAAGGAAGUAGCAACGGAGCCGCAGAGGAAAAGGAAGGCACGAAGUGGAAACCAUGGAAAUAGUACUGUAGCAGAAACUUUGGCCAAGUGGGAAGAGCUGAACAAGCAGGCAGAGAGCUCAAGAGAUGGCUCAAAAAGAGUCAAAAAAGCGCCGGCCAAAGGUUCAAAGAAAGGAUGCAUGAAAGGAAAGGGUGGUCCUGAGAAUGCACAUUGCAAUUACAGAGGAGUUAGACAGAGAACAUGGGGAAAAUGGGUUGCAGAGAUCAGAGAACCAAAUCGGGGCAGUCGACUGUGGUUGGGUACCUUUUCCUCAGCAGAGGAUGCUGCUCUUGCAUACGACAAUGCUGCAAGGGCCAUGUAUGGAUCUUGUGCUCGUCUGAAUCUUCCUGAAAUUAGUGCCUCAAAGGAGUCUUCGGUAACAUCUACUUCAACUCAUGUUACUUGUCAAUCUCUAGAAUGCUCUACAUCUCAGCAAUGUGAGGUCUCUAGUGAGUGGAAGGAUUUUAAACAGGGUCUCUCUGCUAAAAGUCCUCGCCUCAGCCCUAUUCAUUCAUCUUUGUCUCUCACAAGUGAUCUGGUUUCUGAAGCUGGAGUGGAAGUGAGGGACAGUGCUAGAAGUGUUGAGAUAGAUCAGGGACAUGGAACUACUGGGAUGGAUUCUGAAUGUCACCAAAAAAUGUGCAUAGGCAUUGAGGAUUCAAGGCAGAAUUCUGAAUCAAAAUUUUUCAUUAAAUCUGAGGUAAAGGCUGCAAAAGAAGAGACUACAUUAGAUUUGUCUGAUAAACCAGAGGCUAUCAAAUCUGAGGUGAGCAGCGUUAAAGGAGACCCAAUGAUUUGUUUUCCCUUUAAAGCAGAGCAAGGAGAUGGAGAGUUGUUGCCAAGAAUUAUACCUAAAAGUGAUUUACGAGAUGCUGCAAAUGCUUUUGAUUACCAGCAGACAAUAUCCCAGGGGACUAUUCCAAAAUAUGAAUCCCAGCAGGAUUUUCCUUCCACGGUUCAGUCCGAAUCAUCAUCAAAGUGUGGGAUGCAGCCAACAACUGCUAAUGUUGAAAUCUUGGAUUCAGGUGAACCACUUGAUUCUCUGCCUGACCUAGAACUGCAGAGUUUUCAUGAACUAUUUGAUCCGGAGGAGUUUUUAAGAAUGAUUGAGGAUGACAAAAAGCCCGAUUUCUCAGAAACAGACACUGUUGGUUUCAAUCCAGUUUAUUACAGCUCCUGGCCACAGGAAGAAAUCACUGAAGGGAAUGUUUUACCUUGUAAUCAAAUGCACCCAUCUACCAGUCCAUCUUUUGAGUCCUCACAGUUACAGAACAUGGAUGGAAAACUGCUUGAAAAUGUCUCUCCUGGGCAACAAUUUCCUAGUAUAGAUGUGGUUGAACAACAUCAUAUUGUUGACAGAAAGCAAUUAAGGAAUUUUCUUGAUAUGCAACAGUUUCAUUUGGAUAGCCUUGGACCAUCUAACAUCCAAGAUGACAAACAAUCUUUAAGAUUUGAUGAUAGACGGGGUCUGCAUCAGAAGGCUGUUAAUGAUGGUCAUUUCUCAUGUUUCCAAUACCCAGAUAACAAUCAAGAUUUUCAGUCUUAAAACUCUGGAACCUGACAGGUCUUGCCAUCACAGUAGAUACUGGCUGAUGUAAUGGCACUAAAUGCAAGAUUCGAGAGUGUUUGAAGAUAUUUUAAAGGCUGCAAGUAGAUGAGUCUUGUAAGUAGGAAAGCAAAUUUGUGUGAUAACCAAUAUACCUUGUGGAUAUGUAGAUAUGUGAGAUAUGUUUUAUAUGAACUGGUCGUCUGUUAUCCCACACUCCCUUGCUACAGCAAACAUCAUAAAGAAUAGUGAAAGGAAAAGCCAUUUUUGACAGGGGGACUGUGUUAUUAUCCCCUUUUCUUCUUUUGAAAAUCUGAACUAGUGUUUCCACUGUAUGGUAUCACAAGAUCGGCUAUUUAUAUUCUGUUUUUUUACAGAGUGUCUGUAACAUUAGCAUCUGAAGCUGAGUAGAGCCUGUUAUAUUAUACACCAAAGAAUAUAACUUUUCGUUUCUUAAUAAUCUUUUCAAUAUUUGGUUGCA